UUACAAAACCUGGAUCCGAUCUGCCAUAGUUCGUUAAAAUUAAAAAAAUAAUUUUCCCCACCAUUAUAUAUAUGUAACACUCGACCAUUCGGUGCAUUCCCAUUGAAAGAGCUUCACUUACAAGUUACAAAUCUCAACCUCCUUCCACGAUGUCUCCCUCCAUCUCCCUUAUCCUCGCAACCGCCGUCUCCAUCGCGAUCCUCUUCUUAGCCACAAUCUCCUCCGCCGCACCAACUUCCGGUGUCCGCCGUCCAUUCAACAGAAUCUACGCGUUCGGCGACUCAUUCACCGACACAGGAAACUCACGCUCCGGCGAAGGCCCAGCCGGAUUCGGACACUUGUCAAGCUUUCCCUACGGCAUGACUUACUUCCUACGUCCAACAAACCGUUACUCCGACGGUCGACUCUCCAUCGACUUCGUGGCACAGUCGAUGAACUUACCGUUCUUGCCACCGUAUCUCAGCCUCAGAUCGACUAGCGAUAGUAAAGGCACCGCUGCUGAUAGUUACGGCGUUAACUUCGCCGUCUCUGGAGCAACGGUGAUUAAACACUCUUUCUUCUCGGAGAAUAAUCUGACGCUUGAUAUGACUCCUCAAUCUAUCGAGACGGAGCUUGGCUGGUUCGAGAAGUAUUUAGAGACACUUGAAACAAGAGAUAAGGUUUCGUUGUUUAAAGAUUCUCUCUUUUGGAUCGGAGAAAUUGGAGUAAAUGACUAUGCGUACACCGUUGGUUCUGCUGUCUCGAGCGACACAAUAAGAGAACUCAGUAUUUCAACACACACAAGGUUUUUGGAGACAUUGUUGAACAAAGGUGUAAGAUAUAUGUUGGUACAAGGACAUCCGGCGACUGGAUGCUUGACGUUAACGAUGACUCUGGCUGAUGAAGACGAUCGAGACAAUCUAGGAUGUGUUAAGAGUGUCAAUAAUCAGAGCUACACUCACAAUCUUGCACUGCAAUCCAAACUUGAAGAACUUAGGAUCAAGUAUCCGAACGCCACAAUAGUCUAUGCAGACUACUGGAACGCGUACCGUAAGGUAAUAAAGAACCCUAGUAAAUACGGUAUCUCCGAAAAGUUCAAGGCGUGCUGCGGAAUAGGAGAGCCGUAUAACUUUCAAGUGUUUGAGACGUGUGGGUCAGCUUCAGCCACGGCGUGUAAGGACCCGAGUCGUUACAUUAACUGGGACGGAGUCCACUUGACCGAAGGCAUGUAUAAGGUUAUGGCCGAUAUGUUUCUUGAUGGCAGCUUCACUCGACCUAAGUUUAGUUACUUGUUGAACAAGAAACUAAACGGUUUAUGAUAGAAAGAUUUUACCGUUUUAUAUGUUUGGUUUUGGAGUUUUUGACAUUGUUUAGCGAAAUAUGAUCACACGAAUUUUUCUUAUUUUACUCAGAAAA